AUGAACUUGAGGGAACUGCAAGUGGUCGCUGCUUGUCUAGCAUCGCGAUUCGGAGCCUCGACUGUUUUCCCGCUAUUACAGCAGCAAUUGGACAAAUCGGUCGAGUUUUCCACGCCUGUGACAUCGUAUAGAAGCUUGCAAGAAGGUGUUUUCCUAAUACGAAAUGACUUCCCGCUGUACUCAGGGGGAGUUGUUCACCAUGCACCACUGCUAGUGGCUCUCAUGUCCGCUUUCAGUAGCAAAAACAUGGUGUCGUUGCUGUAUGCCUGUGCAGACACCAUGAUCGCAUUCCAACUCAUUGCCAUGGCCAAAUGCUUUAGCCGCUCUCCUCUGCCCUCUUGGGUUCCGGGCGCCCUCUAUGUGAUUAAUCCUUUGGUGCUGCUAUCGACGGUUUCGAAAUCGUCCGUCGUUUUCAGCAAUUUGGCCAUCUCCACAGCUCUGCUCAGCGCUUUGCAAGGCAACAGCAUUAUUGCUGCAAUGGCAAUUGCUGUUGCAGGAUACCUUUCGUUAUAUCCACUGCUUUUAGUCGUGCCGAUGUUAGCGCUACUACAAAAAGAUAAACUAAAAACCGUUUUCAUAACCGCGGCGACUUUGACUGCCCUUUUACUAUCGAGUUACAAGAUCAACGACGAGAACUGGAACUACCUCUUUUCCACAUACGGUGUCAUAAUUACGUUCAGCAAAAUCAUUCCCAACUUAGGUCUGUGGUGGUACUUUUUCGUCGAAUUGUUUGAAAUGUUCAUACCUUUUUUCAAAGCCGUUUUCAACCUGUUUGUGGUCUCUUGCAUCAUACCAUUUUCGCUGCGAUUCCACAAACAACCUUUUUACGCUUUUAUCUUGUGCCUGAGCUGGAUCACUCUCACAAAGUCUUACCCAACGCUUGGGGAUGGAGGUUUUUUGCUAAGCUUCGUGCCUUUUUUCAGGCCCUUAUAUGGAUACUUCAGGUACUCAGUAAUAUCCACGUUGCUAUUCAUUCAUGUUACCGUCUUAUCGCCCAUAUUUUACCAUCUGUGGGUAGAUUUGGGUUCGGGAAAUAGUAACUUCUUUUAUGCUAUUUCGCUAGUGUAUGCUUUGGGUUUGGCCACAGUUUUGGUCGAUUUGGUAUGGGCCAUGUUGAGGAUAGAGUACGACAAGGGCACACCAAAUCUCAAACUUAAGAUGACCCCACUAUAG